AUGGGUGACUUCAACUCAAAUGAAGAUAAUAAUAACCCAUUUAAUAACGUAUUAUAUAAUCCAUAUAUUGUAGAUUUAUAUGAUACUACAAACAACAACAAUAAUAAUAAUAACAAUAAUAAUAUAAUUAGUGGUUUUAAUUGUGAUUCUAGUAUUUUUACUCAACAAAUAUCAAAUACUAAUAAUGAAUUAACAAUUCCAUUAACACAAUCAAUACAAAAUUUAUUACCACCAGUCCAACAACAAACUCAAUUAUUUAUUUCUCCAAACAAUAAUAAUAAUAAUAAUAAUAAUAAUAAUAAUAAUAAUAAUAAUAAUAAUAAUAAUAAUAAUAAUAAUAAUAAUAAUAAUAAUAAUAAUAAUAAUAAUAAUAAUAAUAAUAAUAAUAAUAAUAAUAAUAAUAAUAAUAAUAAUAAUAAUAAUAAUAAUAAUAAUGAUAUUAAUACUUCAAUUGAUAUUAAUUUAAAUCAAUUGGUAUAUUCUACACCAUCACAACAAAUUACAAAUUCAGUUCAACCAAUUUACCAAUGUGCAACUCAAUCUACAACUUCAAAUAUUGACACUAAUAUAAAUACCAUUAAUGAUAACAACAACAAUAAUAAUAACAACAAUAAUAAUAACAAUAACUCUGUUAAUAAUAAUUUACUUAGUAUGUGUCAAGACCCAACUUUAAUCUUACAAAUACAACAAUUAUUAUUACAACAACAAUUGUUACAACAAGCUCAACAACAAUCUGUACCAUUAAAUAUUCAAGUACCUACAACCACAACACCAAUUAAUCAACAACAUCAAGCUUUAUUGGUUCCACAACAAAAACAAUUUUAUGGUAAUGUCUCUGAUAAUUCAUCACCAGAAACCAAUUUUUCAUAUGCAAGUCCAUCUUCACCAAGUUCUACACAAUCACAAUCCUCACCAUAUGAACAACAACCACUCUCACCAAAUCCAACUAUAUCUUUAUCAUCUAGUAUCUCUGUCACUGCUACUACUACCACUAGACCAAAUGCCACAGAAAAGACUAAAGAAUCUUCCUUAAAAUCAAAAUCUAAAUCUAAUGAAAAAGAUAAAGAAAGGGAAGAUGAAGAAGAAGAUGAUGAUGAUAGACCAAAGAAAAGAAAGAAAUUUGAUAAAAAUGUUUAUAAGGGUGUUGAUUUAGGUGAUGAACUAUUAGAAAUCACUAGUGAAGAAUUUCAAGCUUAUAAAAAUAAUUUCUUUGCAAAUGCCAGUGACAAGAAAACUGUUAGUGCUUUAAAUUAUCAAUUUAGAAAAAUUAAAAAUAGAGAAAGUGCUAGAAGAUCAAGAGAAAGAAAAGCAACACAUGUUGAUGAAUUAGAGGCAAAGAUUGCAGAAAUUGAAAAAGAAAGAGAUAAUUAUAAAAAAGAGAAUGAAAGAUUAAGAAUGGAAUUGGAUCAAUAUAAAUUACAAGAAAAACAAAAAUCAGCUGGUAGUAUCUUUGAUUAUAUUUCAAUUGGUUCACCAACUACUCAAAACUUUAGUAAAAACUUUGGUAUCAUUCUUUUCCUCUUUUUGUUUGGUUCUUUUAUUCUCACCAACACAACACCAAACUUUUUCAAUACAAACAAUGGCGUUAUCAAUCCAAACCUCGUUUAUAAUGCCAACAGCAACAACAAUAAUAAUAACAAUAAUAAUGUAAAUAGAUUCUCUGUAAAUGGUGUACAUUCAACACAACAAUAUUUCCAAUCACAACGUAACCCACUAAGUAAUCUAGAUGAAGAUUCUUUAGAGUCUUUAACUGCCUCACAAGGUGUAUUUAGUACUCAUUUUGUACCAGAACAACCAAGUAUUUUAUUAAAUAGAGAAUCAAUUAGAAAUUGGGCCACUUUACCACAAAAUAGUGUUGCCUCUCUUUCUUUUGAAAAAGAUAACGCUCUCAAAACAAUUGAAAAUGCAAAUCUUGAUAAAUCAAAACAUAAUGUCAUUUCAAAUUUAAAUCAACUUCAACAACAACAACCAUCAUCUGAUGAAUUAAUGAUUGACCAAAAAGAAGAAAAGAAUUGUAAUAAUAAUAAUGAAAAUAAUAAUAAUAAUGACAAUAAUAAAAAUAGUGAUGAUGAAAAAGGUAAAGAAAUUGAAGAAAUUAAAAGAAAAUCAACAACAACAACCAUUUCACCAACUCGUUAUGUAAAUAAUUCAACUAUUAGUUUAUUAGUUAAUCCAACAUCGGUAAUUGGUGAUAUACCAGAUGAUUUGAUGAAAAAUUCAAAUGUUACUACUUUUGGUGAAAACUCUUCUUUCAAGUUUAAUUUCUUGAUUGACACUCAAAAUUUCCCAAAUGGUUCUAAUGAUAUUUCAAAAGCAUUCUUUGAUAAUGAAAAUCAACAAAUGACUGUCACCUCUGUUAUUAUUGCAAUUCAAAAAUCACCUAAAACUCCUUCUCAGCAACCAUCAACCAAAUAA